AUGGCGACCUCGGCGGUCUUUUACAAGUUCCGGUCGCAGAAGGAGCCGCAACGGCUGACCUUCGAUGGGACCGGCAUCAGCGUAUGGGAGCUCAAGCGGGAGAUUAUUCUCCAAAACAAAAUGGGCAAGGGCACCGACUUUGACCUCGCGGUGUUCGACGCGGAUACAGACGACGAAUACAAGGACGACAACUAUAGCAUCCCGCGCUCGUCGCAUGUCGUUGUACGCCGACUGCCGCCGUCGCGGCCGGGGCGGGGGACUGCACAGCUGUACGUCGCCGACAUGCAGGCCCCGACCACUGGCGGCGCCUCUGAGCCCCAGCCAAGUGCCCCGACGCCUGUCACACACGCGUACCGCGGCCCGAUGACGAAGCGCUUCGACGGCCGCGAGGUCGGGCCGAGCGCGGCGCCUUCGGCACCGUCGGCAGACGGCGGCGACGAGGCUGCGCGCAUCGCUGCCAUGUUCCAGGCGACCACCGAGCAGUGGGACGAGACGCAGGAGCGCAUGGCCCACGCAACCUAUCGCGAGCGCACCGGCAUGCCGCGGCGCGCGCCGCCCCCGCGCGCCGGCCAGCCGUAUACCGUGCCGGCAGCGGAGCGCCCGCCGCCCCCAGCGGGCUAUAUCUGCUACCGCUGUGGCCAAAAAGGGCACUGGAUCCAAGAGUGUCCUACGAACGACAACCAGGACUAUGACAACCGGCCUCGCUUCAAGCGCACGACGGGUAUUCCGAAAAGCAUGCUCAAGACCAUCGAGCAGCCGACGGCCGAGCAAAUGUCGGGUGUGAUGGUCACGCCUGACGGCUCGUACGUCAUCGCGACACCCGACUCGGGCUCGUGGAACAGGAGCAAGGCGCGUGCACGGCCGCUGUCCAAGACGGACGUCUACCAGUCGGUACCGUCGGACCCGACGCUCGCUUGCCCGUACUGCUCCAAGCUGCUGCGCGACGCGGUCAAGACGUCGUGCUGUCAGACCUCGUUCUGCGAGGAGUGCGUGCAGACCUACCUGUUUGAGCACGACUUUACAUGCCCAGAGUGCGAGAAGCACAUCCCGGACAUUGAAAUGCUCAAGAUCGACGACGUGAAGCGCAAGCUGGUGCGCGAGUACAUCGACAAGACGAUCGAGCGGAGCGAAGAGGUGUUUGAGCAAGGCACGCGCGUCGACGAGGAGGCGAGUGCGGCCGCCGACGAAGCCCACGCCGCCGAGCUCGCCAUGAACGAGCCGACGAAGGACGCAAAGGACGAUGACAAGCCUUCGGACGACGCCGCACCGCCGCCGCCAAUGCCGCCGAUGCCGCCGAUGCCCGGCAUGGGGCCGGGUGAGCCACCGGCAUUCAAUCCGCAGAUGGUGCAGCAGCUCGCCAUCAUGCUGCAGAACCCCAACCUGCCGAUGCCGAUGCGCAUGCAGCUCCAGAUGCAGAUGCAGAUGCAGCAGAUGCUCUUCUUUCAAAUGUUUCCGCCGGGCAGCGCGCCGCCGAUGCCGGGCAUGCCGGGCAUGCCGCCGAUGCCAGGCGGCCCAGGCGGACCUCCUCCGCCCGGCCCUUCGCAGGAGGCGGAAACCGGCCAGCGCCGGCGGCACAACGAUGCGGGCGGCCGCGAAUCCAAAGCGCCGCGCCGGCGUGGAUAG